AUUCCUAUUAUCAAUUUUGUUUUGUUUUUAUUUAUUUUGGGGUUAUUGGAGGGAAUGGUUGAGCGGUUAAUUUAAGUCUCUCUCUCUCUCUCUGUUUCUCUCUCUAAGUGGUGUGGUAGCUUGACGAAGAAGGGUGCGCAGCUUAUCGAAUCUGCUUCUUCUGCUUUGCCAGUAGUGGCGUAGGUUAAGUGGUGGUGGUGGUGGUCGGCGACGACGGCGGCGGAAAAAGCAGAAUACAAAUUGAUGAUCGAUGUCGAAAAUGAAGCAUCUACUGAGGAAGCUCCACAUCGGAGGCGGUGGUCUCAAUGACCAACACCAAAGAUUGGCGGAGACUCGGCCAGUUUCCACUCCGAUUUCGAAUCAGACUCCUUCUACGGCGUCGACGCCCUCUACUUCUAGUUCGGGUACAAUGGUGGGGAGAAUCGGGGUCGUCGAUUCGUCGCCCGCUGAUCGUACGGCUGCGGAUGGUGGUAGCGGCAGUGGUAGCGGUAGUGGUCGCGGUGGUGGUGGUGGUGGUGGUGGUGGUGAGUGUGUGGAUUUCAAUUUCUUGGAGGAGGAGUUUCAGGUGCAGUUGGCUUUGGCGAUUAGUGCAUCCGAUCCCGAUUCGCGAGACGACCCCGAGUCGGCUCAGAUCGACGCCGCGAAGCGGAUUAGCUUGGGUUGCUCGGCAGCGGUCUCCGAUAACAAAGGCCGUGUUGAUAUUCUUUCUCUUCAUUAUUGGAGUUAUAAUGUUGUAAAUUACACUGAAAAGGUGGUGGAUGGGUUUUAUGACGUAUAUACUGUUUCUUCUAACUCACUUGCCCAAGGAAGGAUGCCAUUGUUGGUUGAUCUCCAAGUACUAUCCGUUUCUGAUGAUGUUGAUUAUGAAGUAAUCUUGGUUAACCGAAUGGUGGAUUCUGAACUACGCCAGCUUGAGAAAAGAGCAUAUGAUAUAUCACUGGAGUGUCGAGUUUCUGACCAUGGUCUAAUUUUUAGUGGAUUGAUACAGAAAAUUGCUGACAUUGUUGUUGAUAGAAUGGGUGGUCCAGUUGGUGAUGCUGAUGAUAUGACUAGAAAAUGGAACAUGCGGAGGAAUUUGUUACGGAAUUCACUAAAUACUAUUAUACUUCCCCUUGGACGUCUUGAUUUUGGACUAUCACGCCACAGAGCCUUGCUCUUUAAGGUGCUAGCUGAUAGGAUUAAUCUUCCAUGCAUGCUGGUCAAAGGAAGUUACUACACUGGUACUGAUGACGGAGCUGUGAACUUGGUGAAAGUUGAAGAUGGAAGUGAAUAUAUCAUUGAUCUCAUGGGUGCUCCGGGCACCCUGAUACCUGCUGAGGUACCAAGUAGUCAGCUUCCAAGCUCUUUCCUUGAUAUAAGGAGUUUAGCAGAUGUCACAGUACUGCCCACGGGUCUGAGAAUGUUGCAUGAUGAAGGAGUUGAAACACCAUUGUCAAAAGAUGGAAGUUCAAGGUCAGAUGAAGCAUUAUUUUUGGACACUCAGGCAUCAGAUGAUGCAAGGCGUUUGGAGGAAAAUCAGAACGAGAGAUGUGAAAAUGAAUUUGCAAAGUAUUUUCCAUCACCCCAUAGAUCAGGUCAGAGUUCCGUGGUCUCAGGUGGAAAAGCAUCUUCUGCACAAAAGAAGAGAGUUAAGAACGUAUCAAAGUACGUUAUCAGUGCUGCAAAAGACCCAGAAUUCGCGCAGAAACUGCAUGCUGUCUUGUUAGAAAGUGGCGCAACACCUCCUCCCGAUUUGUUUUCUGAUAUACCACAGGAUGUUGAUGAAGACAGAAUGGGAGAUCAGAGAAUUGCGGCUGAUGGGGUUCAAUAUCACCAGGAUAACUUAUUUUCAUACCAAGAACAGUCUCUCAUACCCAUUUCUGAAAGGGAUUGCUCAAGCUAUAUUAAUAGCGAUAUAGCUCAAAAACAAGCUGCUGAAGGUUUUGCUCAGAAACAAAAUGAACUGGACAUUAUGUCUAAACUUUCCCUGACCUCUGAUGCCACUGACCAGGGAUACAUGGUUGCUGCUAAUAGUAUUGGUGAACCUAUCCAGACUGAUUCUUUAAGUGUAGCUAUGGUUCCUGUUAACCCACCAAGACAUUACCCAAGUGCUCUGCUAGAGGAGCAAAUUAAUGAGCCUGCCUUUCCUUUUGAAGCCAACUCUUUCCGAAGACAUGUUGAUAAUGCCUAUUUUAGUGAUAGAAAGAAGUUCUUCCGGGAUGCAGUAAAAUUUGAUCUGGGAAAGGAAUCUGCAGCUAAAAUGAUGGAGACAGCCACAAGUCGAUUGGGUAUUGGUUCUGAUGGUGAAAGUGAGAGAAUCAACGCUGUGCUUGGGGAAUCUCCGGAGUGGGAAAUUCAAUGGGAGGAUCUUCGGAUUGGUGAGCGAAUUGGUAUUGGUUCAUAUGGAGAGGUUUAUCAUGGAGAUUGGAAUGGCACUUACCUCCAAGGAGACAGCAAAUAUCAAUAUAUGCAGCAAUUGAACAUGUUUGAAGUUGCUGUGAAGAAGUUUUUAAACCAAGAUUUUUCUGGGGAGGCAUUACUUCAGUUUAGAAGUGAAGUUGAAAUCAUGUUGAGACUGAGACAUCCAAAUGUAGUCCUUUUCAUGGGGGCAGUUACUCGUUCCCCGAAUUUCUCUAUACUGACAGAGUUCCUUCCCAGGGGGAGUUUAUUUAAAUUACUGCAUCGUCCUAACCCUCAGCUUGACGAAAAGAGAAGAAUGAAAAUGGCGUUGGAUGUGGCCAAGGGAAUGAAUUACUUGCACACCAGCCAUCCUACAAUUGUUCAUCGAGAUCUGAAGUCUCCAAAUCUCCUAGUUGAUAAAAAUUGGGUUGUUAAGGUAUGUGAUUUCGGUCUGUCACGCAUGAAGCACCACACUUUUCUGUCUUCAAAGUCGACUGCUGGAACGCCUGAAUGGAUGGCACCUGAGGUGUUAAGAAAUGAACCAGCUAAUGAGAAGUGUGAUGUGUACAGCUUUGGUGUGAUAUUAUGGGAAUUGACCACCGCUUGUAUUCCAUGGAAAGGAUUGAACCCAAUGCAGGUUGUUGGAGCUGUCGGAUUCCAGAAUAGGCGUCUGGAAAUUCCAGAAGAGGUUGAUCCAGAGUUAGCCCAGAUAAUUCGGGAUUGUUGGGAAAGAGAUCCAAACCUAAGACCCUCAUUCGCUGAGCUCAUGGUUCGUCUCCGGCGUCUUCAACAUCUUGUUGAGAGAAAAAACUCUACAAAGUAAAACAAAGCUGCAACCGAUAAAUAAAAGAAAAGCAAAAAAAAAAAAAAAAGAGAAAAAAAUGGUGGAUUUGUUGUCUCUAUGCUCGAAGAGCUAAGGGUUUGAUUAGUUAAUUUUCCUUCAAUGUUUAAAAAAAGAAAGAAGAAGAGGGAAAGGUGAAUUGGAUUGGGGAGUGUUUGGCUCAUUCAAAGUGGGGGCUAAGCACAGUCUAAUCCUUCUAAAAUGGAUAGCUGCCAAAGUGUGCAGUUGGAGGAUACCAUUUGAAGAUUUUUAGUCUUUACUAGAACUAGUACAACUUAUCUAGUAGUGGGUACCAGGUAGGUAGUGUGGUACAUCAAUCCAAGUGUAAGAAAUUUCAUAAAGAAAAAAGAGAUGAAAAAAAAAAGAAGAAAAAGAAAAAAAAAACAAUAAAUUUGUCAUUGUGUAUCUGUAGAGGUCUGGUUAGGGAAUUGUAAACAUAUGAUCUCUGCAGAUUAUUGUGAAGAAAAAAAAUACCCCCUUAAAAAAAAAUGAAAAUUUGAAACAAAGAAAUUAUGCAACUAAAAAUAUUCCAUUA